AUGGCGUCCGAGGAGGAGUUCGCAUACUCUGCAGGCGAGCUAGACGAUGACGAAGAGGAAGAGGAAGGCGUGGACUGGGAGGACGACAUUGAUUGGGAGCAGGUGAAUCUGUCGCUGGCAGACGAAGAUGCAGAGACGGUCACUCGAAAAAGGCGGCGGCCGCCAAUCCGCCUCACAAAGGACCAAAAACAGCGAGAGAAGGCGUUGCACCAGACGCAUCUACUGAUUUUACUGGCAACUCGCAUCAAAUGGACUCAACUCAGUCGCUCGCAGCUACUACGAGGGCUUCUGGUAUCUCUAACAGCCACGAGUGACGUCGAUUUCGUUGCUGACAUGAAGCUGCAGCCGCUUUCGUACUCGUUGGAGCUGCUGGUUCGAUGUCUGAUGAACGUGUUCUUCGCUCGAGAAGGACAAGACUACGAGCUGGCCGUACUCUUUGCUGCCUUGUGUGGAGCACUCCAACUGCGCUACCGUCUUACUUGUCCAUUGGACCCGUUACUGGUGGAGAGAGGGAAGGCUUUCGAGUCGUCGUUUAGACAAAGACCAAACAAGCGAAGGCGAAGAGCACAGAAGGGGGCUGUGUUUUGGCUGUGGUGCGAAGUGCUAGAUGAGAAAAAUCAGAAUUGGAUUCAUGUUGACGCGGUGCGUCGACUAGUUAAUCGGCCGCAAGAAGUCGAGUCUCAAAGGGGUAAAGCAGCACGUCUCUCGUACGUGGUUAGUAUCCAGGACGACGGACUGGUGGUGGAUGUGACGUCACGGUAUACUGUACAGUGGAGUAAGAGUCUGGAGCUUCGUUUGGCGGACUCGUGGCUCAAGCAAGUGAUCGAGCGGCUUAAUGACGAUACAAACAUGGAAAAGGCUCUUGUAGAAGAAAAGGAAAAGUUGGAGACCCUGAAACUUGCAGAAGGGAUGCCAACCAGUCUGGAAGGAUUCAGGAAGCAUGACAUGUACGUUCUGGAGCGUCAUCUCUCUCACUUCGAGUGUCUCCACCCCCGUAGUGUGGUGGGACUAUUUAAAGGCCAGUCUGUGUUCCUUCGUGAGCAUGUUCAGCCACUUCGGUCAGCUUUCAAGUGGCGUCAUCUCGGUCGAGAAGUGAAGGAGAGCGAGCGUCAAAAGCCCGCAAAGUGGCAGGCAAGAGGCAACGAUACCGGCAAAGACAGUGACGGCGCUGCUGAGGAAGGAAAAUCUAAUGGGUCAUUGGCCCUCUUUGGAUUGUGGCAGACAGUAGAGUUCGAGCCUCCGCCGAUGGUGGACGGUCGGGUACCAAAGAACAAAUACGGCAAUAUUGAGAUCUGGAGUCCAGCUCAUAUCCCUCGAGGGGCUGUGCAUCUGUGCCUUCCUCGCAUUGACGCCAUCGCCGAGUCAUUGGGUAUUGACUUUGCGCCUGCGGUCGUGGGCUUCGAGGUGCGCAACGGCCGCCCCAUGCCCAAAAUGUCGGGUGUUGUGGUGGCAACGAGCCACGAGGAGAUGCUACUGGACGCUCAUGCUGAGAGGCAACAGCAGACCAUUGAAAAGGCCCUCGCACAUAAUCAGAAGCUGGUUCUCAGGCGUUGGGCGAAGCUCACAAAGAGGCUGCUGCUACGUCAGAGACUGGAAGAUGAUUAUGGUGCAGUGAAUUGA